AUGAGUCAACAGUCUCUCUCUCAAGAGAAAGUUCUUGAGAGCACAUACAUCUACAUCAACCAUGGAGAUAAUGAGAUUUUUAUUGUCAAUAUGAAUUGUGCGGUCCACCGGUUGCUGCAUUACAUCCGCAGUAAAGUGGGGUUGGCUAAAACAGACACCAUUGAUUUGUGUGAUGAAACGGGAACAAUGAAGUUGUUUUUCCUGAUGAAGAUACCUGGAGACUAUGCCAGCAAAUUCCUUACAGCUCGAAACACCUACUUCGUUUGCAGGGUGGCACGUGGGACAGCAGGAACCCAACUUGCGAAUGCCUACCUAGCUUUUGUGCCCCUCUUGAAGAAUCCAGAGCACACGCUGCUUGAGUCCUUGCGUACACAAUGUGAUGUGUUGGAGAAGAGCCGACUGAAAAUGCUUAGACUCCAAGAAGCCAAGAAGGCCGUUAAAAUUGAUUCCUCGGUGAAUCUUUCAUCCAAAGCAGGUGACGACAAGUCCUCUCGCAAGUCCCCUCGCAAGGGUCAGUCACAAAAGGCCAGGCCAGGCAUUCUCAGUAAGAAGGGAAAACAGGCUAAAAAAAUAAAGUGA